AUGACCAUUCGCGCGGCCAAGUUCACGCCCGAGGUACUCCUCAGCGCACCUCGCCGCUCGGAUGGCGUGCCCAACUCAGACGCCUCCAAAGUGCUGUACAGCGUCUCAACGUACAGCUUCGCGGAGCAUUCCAAGAAGUCCGAGAUUCGCGUCCUAGAUGUCAAGUCGCAGCAGACGGCUCUGGUGACCGACGAGAAGGGCGCGAGCGAGCCGCACUGGUUGGACGAUGAGACGGUGCUGCUGUUGAGUGAGGGUGACGGCGGGCUCACGAGUGUCAAGGUUGGACCUGCAGAAGGCUUUGGUAACGCUAGCCAUGUUGCUGGCACGAUUGACGGGUCUGUCGGCAACGUCAAGCUCGUGCACAUUGGCAACUAUACGUAUGCUAUUGCCGUCACAGGGAAAGCGACACCAUGCGGCGAGCUGUACAACCCAGAGAAAGAAAAAAAGCCGCACGUCACCGGACGCUUGUACACGUCCCUCUUUGUUCGGCAUUGGGAUCACUACGUGACGGAGAAUCGAAACGCCAUCUUCCUGGGGACGCUCACCAAGAAAGGCGACAAGUACCAGCUUUCUGAACUUAAGAAUGCGCUCAAAGACACCGGCCUCGAAUCUCCCAUGGACGCUUUCGGCGGAACCGAUAACUUCGACAUUUCGGCCCACGGCCUUGUGUUCACAGCCAAGGAUCCGGCUCUGAACCUGGCCACGCACACGAAGACUAACAUCUACCUGAUUGUAUCCGCAGCCUUCUGGACUGAUCUCUCCUUGAACAUCUCAAAACCUUUCAAGGUACCAAUCUACGGCUUCGAAGGGGCGAGUACGAGCCCAGUAUGGGACAGCGUUGGGCAGCAGAUCGCCUUUCUGUCCAUGCAGACAGACGGCUACGAGUCAGACAAGAACCAAGUUUUCGUAAUGCCAGACUAUCAGCGACCAGGCUGGAUCAACCACAUUUGGGCUACAAAUAACGGGAAGGGCGCAUGGGAUCGGAGUCCUCAGUCCAUCAGCUGGGGUUCCAAAAACCAGCUGUACUUCACGGCAGAGCAAAACGGUCGUAUGGACCUCUUCACGGCCACCUUGACUGGGCCCGGCGCACCAACGCCAGACCUGCUUGUUAAAGGCGGCACCAUCACUGAUGCGCGACCCCUCAAGAAUGGCUCCAUCUUCCUCUCCUCUACCAGCCUCAUCGAGAAUAGUCUGUACUCCCUCGUCCCUGCUAACUAUCCCACCGAAACCAAUGGCCUCACAAAAUCCUACACCCUCCCCAUUGACGACCGUCCGCACGACUCAAAGCCGGCCAAUCUAACGACGAUAUUCGUAUCCUCUAACACGCGCAGCGGCUCCAUGUUCGGCCUCUCGCGCCGCCAGAUCGAUGAGAUACAUUGGCCCGGCGCAAACACCACCUCGAAGCCAUCUGUUCAUGCAUGGGUCGUCAAACCAUCCCACUUCGACUCGACUAAGAAGUACCCACUUGCGUACCUCAUCCACGGCGGCCCGCAAGGCGCAUGGACAGAUGGAUGGAGCACGCGUUGGAAUCCGGCCAUUUUCGCUGAGCAGGGGUACGUCGUUAUCUGCCCUAAUCCAACAGGUAGUACCGGCUAUGGACAAGACUUCGUGGACGCAAUCCAGGGCGAGUGGGGUGGGCUGCCAUACGAAGACCUCGUGAGGGGUUUCGACUGGAUCAAGAAGAACCUGGCCUACGUCGACACUAACCGCGCUGUUGCACUGGGCGCGUCCUAUGGUGGUUAUAUGAUGAACUGGAUACAGGGCCACGAACUGGGGCAGCAGUUCAAAGCGCUUGUUACUCACGACGGCGUCUUCAGCAUGACAGGCCAGAUGGCUUCCGAGGAGUUGUACUUCCCGUUCCACGACCUGAAAGGUCCGCUCUGGCUCAACGCCCCCAUGUGGGCGAAGUGGGAUCCGUCGCGCUUCACGGGCAACUGGAGCACGCCGCACCUCAUUAUCCACUCAGAGCUCGAUUACCGGCUCACUAUUAGCGAGGGCCUUGCAGCUUUCAAUGUACUUCAGGCUCGAGGUGUGGAGAGCCAGUUUCUCACGUUUCCAGAUGAGAAUCACUGGGUGCUGAAGCCGGAGAAUAGCCUCAUGUGGCAUGAGGUUGUACUUGACUGGAUCAAUGAGCACGUUGGGCUGGAGAAAUAUACCAAGGCGCGAAAGAAGGCGCAGGAGACGUCGUCGGCUGAGCAACACAUUGCAAUGCGCUGA